AUGGAAACCUGUAGCCUUGGGAAUAAAAAAUGUGCAUCUCCCUGGAUUUCAAAAGACUCACUGGGGAAAGUAUUAUCUCCUGGAACAACUAAUGAGAAAGAAGGACCAUCAUCAGGAAACAGCACCGGUGACCUUUUCAUUGAACAGUUCACACUUCUCAAUAAUUCUGACAACAGUUACAUGCUGGAAAGAGAAGUUGCUAUACCUGAGGACUUAGGUCAUGCUUCAUUCUCUCCGGAUAUCAAGCCUUUGGGGAAUUUGGUCAGCUGCAUUUCUCCCCAAUGUUUCAUGCCACCAACUGCAGCUGGACUUCUUCCUGCUGUGAAGAAUAGUGAAACUUUGGGAAAUUCCAAUUCUGUUGCUGCAGCUUCCCUUUUGAGAACUCAACAAGCCAUAUCUCUUAAGGAACAGAUUAUUAUUUCCUGUUUUCAGAGUCCAGGAGAGCAAGAACAGCUCAUGAUGCACCAGCUGGAGCCCAUGCAACCGCUAGUACCUGAGCAACAGAAAAGCAUUACAUUCUAUAACCCAGAAACAAACAUGGACUCAUUACCUGAAAGUCAUGAGACCAACACAGAAAAUGCUUCUAGGCAUAAUCUCGAAGAACACAAAAAUGGUGCAAUCAAAGAAUCUUGGCCUGAAUGCUUGCCAUGUAUUACAGAAGAGAGGGAAGAACAACCCAUAGAGGAGAACGCUCCUUUGUCCCCCUUGGGAUUAAGAAGGAAUGUGAAGACUGACAUUGUAGUUGACAGAUCAAUCAGACCUGGUGCUGGAAAAAGACAGAAAAACAUGGAGGAAUUUGUUGAAGAACUGAAAGUAGAUUCUCCAGGAAUUGAGAUGCAGCACCAGAAUUCCGGUGAGGCCGAAAUGAUGGAUCCAAAGUCAUUUCUGGAAUAUCCAGAAGGCAUUGUGAAGUGUGAAGAAAAUAGAGAAAGGUUUGGCAAGAAUCCUACUGAACUGCUCCAAAGAGUCAGCUUUGAUUGCCAUAAUUUCUCAUCUCCCGAUCAGUGGGAAAUAGGAAAACAACUGGGAAAAUGCCUGGAGUUACAAAGGAAGGUUAAUAGUCAUGCUGUUAUGUUCUUGGAUGAUAAAAAUACAAAUUAUUUUAUUUCCAAUGGUGUUGUAAAAUGUCAGCAUAAUAAAUGCGAACCAAGGUCAGAAAGCAGAAAAGAAAGUAAUGCUGGUUUUGUUGAUGAAGAGAUGGUAAGUGAAAAAGAAUCUGAACUACCAUUUAAUUGGUCCAAACCUUCACAGCAAUGGCAUGAACAACUAUGUGAAGUUAAGGCAGAAAUGGCUGAAAGAAAUGACUCUUCAUCUCCUGGUUCUAAAGAACAUUCUGGUAAACUUGUCAGCAGAUCCAUCAUUUCUAAGAUUCCAGUAUGGCUUAUGGAAGAUUUAGAUGGUGAUGUAUCACAGGUAACAGGAAAGUCAAGGAAUCCUUCACCAGAUGUUUCUGACUUUCAGAACAUAGAAUGGAAGCAAUCUAAUCCAGAGGACCAUAGUUCCAGAUUCCAGAUUCUUCAAGGUACACAAAGGAUUGGGCAGUGCAGAGAUAAAUAUUAUGUUGCUGUGGAUAAAUGUCCAGAGACCAAAUUAGAAAGGAACCCUCGAUUUAAGAAAAUCAAUGAUCAAAUCAUAAAUGUUACAAUUAAGCCAGAGAGAAAACAGGGGAUGACACCUGCUAAAUCACAAAUGAAGCACCACAACAAUGCAAACACUGAAAACAGAUGGGAUGGAAAAUCCUCUUCGAGUGAUUCAUUCUGCAUAUCUACUGACAAUGAGAAUGAAUCAAAUUUGCCUUGUUCUCCAUAUUUCACAAGGUGUAAGCUCCAUAGAGCAUCCAGCACAGGCAAGGAUGGGGAACUCUCUGAUGCUGAUUAUGCCACAGAUGAGCCUAGUGGAGCUGAAGAUUACGUCUUAAAAAGCUGUGGAAAAUUGUUUCCAAAGAAACUCAGUGCUCGGGAACUCAUGGACCAAAAGGAAACCUCUCAGAUCACAAGCAGCAGCAGCAGCGAAUCUAGUCUCAGAGAUGGCUGCCUAAAAUGUGAAAGGUCUUCCUGUACAGCAUCUCCUUUUCAUCCCUGGGAAGCCACAAAAGAUCAAAGAGAGCCUGAAAUACUGAUCAAGGGUACUGCAAGUAAUUAUGGUGGAGAACUAAAUUGGCAGAUUCCUCUGAGAAAUGAUCUUGUGGCUCGCCUUUUCCCUGUUUUCAAGAGCAGAGCAAAUCCAGAUGAGAAAGGCACUCUAGAGCAAGCUCCAAAAAGGCAAAUGGCCAAGCCAGGAGAAAACAAAUGGGAGGCUCCUGUGAACUGUAGAGAAACCUUUCUGUUAGCUCAAAUGAAAGAUGAGCAAGCAAAAGCAAUGGAUAUUCUCAGAAGACAAAUCAGCCAGUAUGAUGCUGUCAGGGCUCAGACAUCACAUCCCCUGGAAGAAUGUAAGAGCCAAGAAACAUUGAAACUCCCCAGAGAAAAAUCAGAAUGUGAGAAGCCCACACCAGCUAUUAAAAAAGAGGAAGAGUCAGAACAAAUAAGAAUGUUAAAGAAGCAAAUUGCAGGCCUACAGGAGGAGUUCAGGAGAAACAAGAUCCACUGGCAAGCUGCCCAUGGCACGCUAAGGAGUCAAGUGGAAGCACUGACCAAGCAGAACCUAGAGCUCCAGGAUGAGCUUGGAGUCUCUGAGCAUCAGAAGAUGGGAACCCAGAGAAAACAUGGAGCAGUGGAUAUUAUUAACAGAUCAGAAACACCGCUUUCUGCAGCUAUUUUGAGAGGGACAUCCUCCCAAGAGUCUGCAGAAGAGAGACCAUUGCAAGAUAGCCACAAGAAUCUCAUCAAUGUGCAUGUAAGAAGGAAAAUACCAUUCGAUGAUUUGGCUCAUAGAGAUAGGAAUGCCCAGGCAACCAGAAGUGCAGUGCUGAGGUCUGAGUCACUGAAAAGUGCAAGAGGAGAACAAAGAGCAAGGAGUCCAUCUAAAAUGCUUAAUAACAGAAGUUUGACCCCUACUGGUCGGAGGACACCCCAUCAAACACCCUUUCAAACUCAGAAAGCCUCACCUCAGUGGAUGUCUGACCAGCAACAAAACCAUGGAAGAAAUACACCCAUGUCUGUGUCUAACCUGUGUAUGCACAAGAAUACCGAUCCAUCUUUGUAUGUAAAAGGCAUAUGCUCUUCCACCUCAGGUACUUCAGAAGAUGCAGCAUUUUUAAACAGCCUAAAUAGUGACAUUUUAAACUCCACACCCUUGACUGAUGUGAAAAUCCAGGUGAUGGAGGAUCUUGGCGACAAAGGGGCUCAGAGAUUCAAGAAAGCCUCUGAGCAAUUAGUAUCAACAACCAUCUCCAGGCCAAACAGUGUCACUGCAAAUGGAAGGAAAACACCCAAAGAGAAUCUUUCUACACUUGUGAAGGCUGAAAAAAAGCCAACAUUACCCAGAAGAGCAUCACCCUGUGCUGAAAGCAAGGCUGAUGGGGAAGUGAAAGAAGAAAUAAAGUACCUAGAUGGAAAGGUGAAGCAGCUAUUCACUGAUGGACGCAGAAUUACUACAUUCCCCAAUGGUACAAAGAUGGAAAUUAGUACCGAUAAAAAGACAACUACUAUUACUUUUUACAAUGGCGAUAUUAAGAAGAUUUUACCAGAUCAGACAGUGAUUUAUUACUAUGCAGAUGCCCAGGCAACCAGGACUAUUUAUGUAGAUGGUUUGGAGGUGCUGCAGUUUCCUAAUGAUCAGAUUGAAAAGUACCAUCCUGAUGGUACCGAAGAAAUCAUCUUUCCAGACCGGACAGUGAAACGUCGCUAUGGUGGAGGUCUUGAGAAAACCAUUUUCCCAGAUGGUACAGUUGUUAAAGUAGAAAAAAAUGGAGUUAAAACCAUCCAGUUUCGUAAUGGGCAAAAGGAGAUCCAAACUGCUGUUUCAAAAAGAAGAGAGUACCCUGAUGGUACUAUAAAGACUAUCUAUGCUAAUGGCCAUUGGAAAGCCAAGAACAUUGCCCGACAGGUCCAAAUCCAAGAUGACAAGGAGGUCCUCAUUCUUGAUGAGUGACUCGUUCCCCUAAAUCAUGGUCUUACAGCCCGGCUAUUUGCAGUUUUUCCAAAAGCCUUCUGCCAAUGUUAAAAUUCAAAAUUAAACAAUACAAAUAGAAUGCAGCUUGCUACAAAUUAAA